AAAACUUGUCACGAGGACUAAUCUAAAAAAGAAAAAUUGUAUUGUCACCAAAUUUUCAAGUCAAUGCCAUCUAUCGGUUUGACGUCGUUGUGGCAGUUUAUUGUUACAGGGUUUGGCACAACUGAACGGGCCAAUAAUUUGUGAUAAAUCACAAGUAUGUUUAAGAAAACCGUUGGGAUGUAAUCCAACUCAUGACUGUACAUUAUUUGUUAGCUUCUCUGUUGAUGGUGAUAAUUCAUUACAUAUUCAAAUGUCUGCACAAACACUGAUACCGGCUGUUCCACUGCAGUAUAUGGCAAUUGGAUUUUCACAUGAUCAAGAAAUGGGUAACGAUACAGUGCUUGAGUGCGUCAUAAGUACCGAUGAAUAUGUAGAACCAGAAGCCUUUGCAUCAUUUAACAACAGGCACAGCAACGAUCGCGUUUAUCUUCCUGAAGAAAUUCGUAAAAAUUAUUUAAGCAAUGUAACGGGUGGAAUUGUUGAUGGAAGAUUAUUUUGCCAAUUUUCUGUCCAAAUAAUCCCACAAAUCAGAUUAAGCAAUGGAGAAAUACCAAAAUUAUGGAGUUUGAACAAGGAAUAUUACAUUAUUGCGGCUACUGGAUCAGCUCAACCGGACGAAUUAAAUCCACACGACACAUCACCGGAUUCCUACUUCUACCCCAUUGUAUCAACGGAAUCUUCAAAUCCAUCAGAGACCGUAUCCACAGCUUCAUCGGCGACUGCGCAAUUAUUAUGUAAAAACAUAAUUUAUCCUAUACUUUUAUUUUUAUCGCUACAUUUCAAUUAA